AUGACGAAUCCCAUCGUAUAUCAGAGCACAAUUGGAGCUUUGCAGUAUUUUGUCUUGAUUAUCCCAGAGAUUGCUUACGCGAUCAGUAAGGUGUCUAAGUUUCUUGAGACACCUACUGAUCGUCACUGGGUUGCAAUCAAACGCGUUCUACGGUAUCUUAAGGGUACCAUAUCACAUGGAUUAUGUAUUCGUCAAUUGGAGUGUGUUGAUUUGCAUGCUUACUCUGAUGCUGAUUGGGUUGGAUGCCCAGAUGAUCGAUGUUCAACCACUGGUUAUUGUGUUUUUCUUGGGCCCAACCUUAUCAGUUGGAGUUCUACGAAACAAUACACUUUUGCUCGAGCUAACAAAGAGGCUGAGUAUCGUGAUCUUGCUCAUACUGCUGCUGAGAUUCGUUGGAUUACAUCUUUAUUACGGGAGCUACAAGUUUCUUUAUCUUGUCCACCUACUCUUUGA